AGAAGAUGACAACUCUGGGUCGGAAUCGUCCUCUUCCGAACUUAUGGAAGUUGAUAUUGAUGAAAUUGAAACAAGAUUGAAGAUCAAGACACCGCAAGCUAAGCAGUCAGCACUUCCACUUCACCUCCGUCCAUCACCCAAGGCGCGCCAGUCUCUAGUGGUUGCUCCAAGCUCCAAGGCUCCGGUUGUGCCAAUGAAGCCUGUCCCUCGUGGGUCUUCAUGGCAGAAGAAGAACAAGGCAGAGAUAGCAAAAGCAGGCGUUGAGAAAGAAGCUAAUUAUCCAGGGGAUGAGCAGAUUGAUUCCUUCUAUAGUGAUGAUGGAUCAAAGAAGAAAAGGAUAACAAAGGCCUCUGGCAAUAUCCGUAAGACUCCCAACAAAGGGCCUGGAAAGUUCUUCAAGUCUUCACCGCAUGAGAGACGCAAGAUCCAGGCACUCAAAGAAAACAAAAAGCAGGAGAACCUGUCGUGGUUUGAUUCUGAUAACGUGUUUGGAUUUGAUAUGGAGGACUGAGGUAUAGAACCUGGCUGGAAGUGUAGUUGAUGGUCAGAGUUACCUUGUCAUGCUCAGUGGAUGAGAAGAACUUGUGUGAUUGGUAGUGGAGAUGGUGUGUGGCAUCGAUAUUGCAAGUUUAGACACAAACUAGAUUUACUUGGCUUGUGUUGUGACGUGUGAUUGCUAUAGUAGGAAACCUAAUAGUGCAGUGCAGUUUCUUUUUUACUGUUUCGGAAGGGAAAAUUUCAUAUCUGAACAGUAUAAGUACAGGGGAACCUCCCUUAGCUUAGUUGUCACCUCUGCCAGGGAACAAACUUUCUAACCAAGAGACUGAUUUUUGUCCCAGGGUGGUGAUUUCUAUUCAAUUUGUCCUGUAAUCAGGGCAGAAAGUUUCUAGUAGAGUUCUUGUCUGUCUGUGUUAGUCAUUUGAAAGCCACAGUAGCAUAGAACAGGAAUUUCCAAUGACUCAGUUGUCAACAUCAUUAAGUAAUGGUUCAAUCUUGUCAUGUAUAGUAGAAGAAUGGUUGAAUGUAGCUAUAUCAGAGAAGGGUACUGUCCUUCUGAGGUGGCAGAUUUGAUGACAACAAUUUAUUGAUGUGAUAUUUAUCGAGAAAGUAUUUCGUAAGCAUUUUACUUUAGUCUGUUCUCACUGCUGUAAUUUGUGGAUUCUGAAUAUCUUAUUUGU